AUGAAGAAGAAGGAAGUCGAAAAAGAUGAUUUAAUAGAAAAUGCAUCCCGAGUUGCUUCGUGUAUUUCUAUAUUUCUUAUAAUCGCAUCAACAACUAUGUACAUUUUCAUAGGCCUAAAAAUUAAUCAUAUAUCACAUAGACUUUACAAUCAUGCAAAAGGCUUUGAGAUCUUAAAAUUAGACGCGGAAACGGAACUUUUGCACGUUGAAGAUGAACAUAUUCGAACAUCUCGUCAAGCUUGGAGAAAACAACAGCAACGGUGGAGAAGUGGAAACGGUUCUGGAAACCGGAGAAAGACACAGUUCGAGGAACCAAAGAUCUGCGACUGCACAGUAAUCGAUUGUCCUAAAGGGCCACGAGGGCCCCCAGGUGACGAUGGAAACAGUCCAACUGACGGACAUCCGGGAGAUAAUGGAAAAGAUGGAACUGAUGGUAUUUACCAAGUUGAUGAGCCAGAUUGUCCUCCAUGCCCUCAAGGUCCACCCGGAGAAGAUGGUCUUAGAGGCGAAGCCGGAGAACCUGGACGUCCUGGUACUCCCGGUGAUCCCGGAAGACCCGGAACGAACGAGCCCGGUGGAAUUGGAGCACGGGGCCCUCGAGGGCAAUCUGGUCGAACUGGUUCGAAAGGUGAUCCAGGAGAAGCUGGACAAGAUUUUGUUCAGCUAAAUGGUCUUCCUGGGCCAAAGGGUCUUCCAGGAUCAGUUGGAUUGCCAGGAGCCAGAGGAGAUCCAGGCAACAAUGGAAAACCUGCACCACCGGGUCCAGAAGGGUUCCCAGGUCCUGUUGGAGAUUUGGGCGAUGCAGGAGAAUAUGGCCUUCGUGGAGUGCCUGGGAGAAGAGGAAGUCCAGGAAAAGACGGUGGAUAUUGUCAGUGUCCACCACGAGAAGGUUCAUCAUUCUCUUCGUCCACUUCAACAUUGAAUCGUCAAAGUGUCAAAGUUUCCACAUCUAGAAACAGAUUAACAUCAAAUAACAAUGAUGCUGUAGACGAUUAUGAAGCCGAAGUAGAACGGCAUGUGACUCCCAGGCAGCAGCAACAGCAGCAACAACCAUUCCAAAGAAGACGAUGGCAGAAAACUAACCAACAAAACCAACGUGACAUGUACGUUAACCUACGAAAAAACACACACUCGGAUUUGAUUGAUGUCGGAGAAUCCAGCAUGAGGAGAUCUCCAAUGGCGCCAUUAAUUGCAUAUAAAGAUUCUAGAGAAGAAGGUCACACAAACCGAGUUGUAAUGCGGAAAACUUCAUAUGGAUCUAAAGCGAAUACAGUGGACUUUGAGCUACGAUAAUUCUGGUUAUGGUUUCUAAAUUCUUACUGUUUUUUUUCAAGUUUUUUCCUCUCUCACCAAAAUUCCAUAGUUGUGAUUUUACUAUUUUAUCACAACAUCAAAAUUUGUAUUCAUUGUUCCUCGAUCUUUAAAUAACUCAAACAACAUAAUAAAGACCUGAUACGUUUCUAGAAUAAA